CCACAAACACAAGUCAGUAACUACAACUGCUUGAAUUGGCUGCUAUGAGUCUCAGAUACUGUUUUUUUCACUCACAAAUGACAAGUUCCGCAAGCUCUCAUUUUUACACCACAUAUCUCUAUGGAAUAUGGAGCAAAAGUGAUUUGUGCAUUUGUAGAGCCGGGGGCGGGCACUGUUCAGAGAUCAGAGAACUUUUGGCCAAUCAAUGGAGCUCGUUUGUUCACCUGUCCCUUAGCGCCUGAACGAGGAAAGUGGGGGGAAUAAACCCCUCCAGACAGCCUUGUCUUCCUGAGCUGGCAUCUUGAUGUUUAAGAGACUUUUCUACUGUACAAAUAUGGACUUGGAGGAGCAAAACGUGCCAUCAGCGACAGAGACGACAUCGCUUAAACUCUCUCCCAUGCCUACAUCACCAAGUGUGACAUCAGAUGAAAAUAGUCAAGAUGCUGAACAGAAAGGUGGCUGGGAGAUAAUGGAAAGCCUACAAGAGCCAAAGGGCAAUGUGCAGAAACCAAACAAGCAAGAAAGCUUCCUGCUGAAGAAGAGAAAGUGGCCGAUGAAAGGCUGGCACAAGAGAUAUUUUAUUUUGGAAGGGGGGAUCCUAAUGUACGGCAAAACAUUAGCUGAUCUGAAGAAGGGGAAACUCCGCGGCCGCAUUGACGUUGGUCUCUCUGUCAUGUCCAUCAAGAAAAAGACCAUGUGUAUUGAUCUGGACACAGAGGACAGCAUUUACCAUCUAAAGGUAAAGUCACGGGAUCAGUUUGAUGAAUGGGUGUCACAGCUACGAAAUCACCGCAUAUUCCGUCAGAAUGAGAUAGUAAUGGAUCCUCAAGAGCACCAUCUACACUCAGACUCUGCCUCACUCAGAAGGCGAGCUGUUCUUUCUAAACAACCAUCUGUCCUAUCAAAGAACAGUUGGCUACAGAGCUCAGAAGACAUGAAGAAAUGCUAUAGAGAUCUGUCAGAGUGUGAAUCAUCUCUGCUAGAACUAAAUCUGCUGUUGAAGAAUAUGGAAGUAUUGCAUCGCACUUUCUCUGCCCCUGCUAUAAACACAUUGCAGACUGAAGGUCCCAAGAAAGAAAAGAAAAGAACAAGGAGAUGGAGGUCCAAACAUUACAGAAAAAAUAGCAAAAACAUCAUACAGGUUCCUGGCUCACCUUCAUCUGCUCAUCUGCAUGUUUCAAACCCAAACCUGACAUAUUCUGAGCCUUGUUGUCCAGAGUCACAUCUAGACACGCCAGAUUCACCCAUUGAUGCCUCGCAGUUACAGGAGGACUUCUGCAGGAUGGCCAGUACUAUGUGUGCCACCUUGAAAUCUGCAUACACUUCUCUGUGUACAGAGAGAGACAGAGUUAGAUGCACUCUGGAAUUAAAGAGCGUUCCUGAUAAGGACAUGACUGAUGGGCCGCCCCAGCACCUCCUGCAACAGGUGUCAAAUGAAAUGCGAGGCUCAAUCCCUGAGUCGCUGUCGGAGUUUUUUGAUGCGAAAGAGUACCUGCUUUCUUCCAGCUCCUCUGAGAAUGAGGUCUCAGACAAUGACUCCUGCUUAAGUGAUGUGAGUGAUACUAUUUCAGUGGAGCUCUGCAGCAGCGAGGGAGGGAUUGAGAAGGACAACACGGACAGAAGCAUGGUACAACGGCGCAUAAGGCUACCAAGUGCAUGUGUCAGUGGGGGUGUGAAUGUGUGGAGCAUUCUCUCAGCCAACAUUGGGAAGGACCUCUCCAAGGUGGCGAUGCCAGUGCAGCUCAACGAGCCAGUCAACACACUGCAGAGACUCUGUGAGGAGAUGGAGUACUGUCACCUUCUGGACACAGCUGCACACACGCAGGACCCACAUAUGCGGAUGGUGUACGUGGCAGCAUUUGCAGUGUCUGCGUAUGCAUGUACUUUCACCAGAGCGGGGAAAAAACCCUUCAACCCUGUACUGGGAGAGACAUAUGAGUGUGAGCGUCCAGAAAAGGGCUUCCGCUUCAUCUCUGAGCAGGUAAGCCACCACCCUCCUGUGUCUGCAUGCCACUGCGAAUCCAAAAGCUUCACACUUUGGCAGGAUGUCCGUUGGAAGAACAAAUUUUGGGGCAAGUCCAUGGAGAUUGUCCCAGUGGGAACCACCCAUAUUGUGUUGCCAUGUUUUGGGGAUCAUUACGAGCUGAAUAGGGUUACUUCCUGUAUCCAUAACCUCCUAAGUGGUCAGCGCUGGAUAGAACACUAUGGUGAGAUGACCAUCAAAAACACAGCGACUAUAGAAGACAGCAGCAUCUGCAAAGUUACCUUCCUUAAGUCCAAGUCUAGAAGUUUAAACACUAAUGAUGUAGAAGCGGUGGUUACUGAUUCAGAGGGGCAUGUGGUUCACUCACUCUUUGGUAAAUGGAAUGAGGCCUUGUACCUUGGGGACCCACCCUCAGCCAUCUGCAUCUGGAGAGCCAACCCCAUGCCCGAGGACUAUGAGCAAUACUAUGGCUUUACUCAAUUUACUAUUGAACUGAAUGAGUUGAAUGAGAGCAUAAGACCAUUCUUACCUCCAACAGAUACACGUUUCAGACCAGACCAGAGGUUGCUGGAGGAAGGAGAUGCUACUGGAGCAGAAGAACAGAAAGAAAGGAUAGAGUCACUGCAGAGGGAGAGAAGGAGAUUACUACAAGAGAACAACACGUCUCACACACCCCGAUUUUUCAAGUGGUCUGAAGAUGACUCAUGGAUCAGCAAUGGCACUUAUUGGCACUUGAGGGAAAACCCCGGCUUCAGCAAACUGGAGUUCCCUGUGCUCUGGCAUUCAUACAAUUUUUUACAGUUGCUGUGAAAAGGAACCACAAGUUUAUUGGUGCCAUCAGCACUGUGGUUUCCUAAUGGAGAGAAUUACUGCUGGGUGAUGUCAGUGACUACACCAUCACAAAUUCAUUCAAAGAAGUCUUCAUAAUACAGUGACUUUCACAUAAUUUACCAAUAAUAUACUGCUGCACUUUCAAAUGAUGUUAUAUGUGAGUUUGUUUGUGUUUGUCUAAGUCAUCUAAAUGUAACAAGAGAUCAAUAGGCAUGUCAGUGCCAUCGAGGUCAUUUUGUUGCUUCAGUGAUUCUACAUGCCUGAAAACAAAAAUAUUGAAGCAAUAAAAAUGCAGUGUCUUGCAUUUUGUAUUACUUA